ACUCACUCGACUGGGAAUCUCGGAUCGACCGAACAAAACGCUACAGCUGUACCUAGUCAGUCAGUAGGUCGUGCAUUUACCGGGUAUGUGGUGCGCCCGGUUGCGCGUUGUAGUCAUUUACGUACGAUUAGCUAAUAAUUUUAGUUAACAUUAACAUAGUGUAUAACUACAUAUUUAUAAAAGUUAACAGUGAUGUAUCCAAAUAGUGUUUCACAUAUACAAGUUUCAUUUUAGGAAAAAUAACGAGAAUUUAUACAGGCCGUUGACGUCCUUGCACAUUAGAUUUAGUUUUUGUUUAUUGUAAAUCACAGUUCAUGGUUUUGCCAGGUUUUCUUCAAUUAUAAAAGAAAAUGUCUAGAAGAAAAGUAAUAAUAGGCGGUGCAGGAGCCGCGGGUGCCCUUGUGGCGGCGUGGGCUCUCGGAGCGGAUGACUCAGUUGCCAAUUGGUACAGUCCAAAAGUGGGGGCUAGGACAGAACGCAAGAAGCGCCCCCUACCGUCCCGGACAGAACAAGUAACCGCUUUGCAAGCCGGACACACGUAUGAUAUCCUGAUCAUUGGAGGAGGCGCUACGGGCGUCGGAUGCGCCCUAGACGCCACUACUAGAGGUCUUCGCACCGCUCUCGUGGAGAAGGACGACUUCGCCAGCGGCACUUCAAGUCGAAGCACGAAACUGAUCCACGGCGGCGUACGGUACCUCCAAAAAGCCAUCAUGCAACUUGACUACGACCAGUACAAAAUGGUGAAGGAAGCGUUACACGAAAGAGCUAACAUGUUGGAGGUCGCGCCGCAUCUCACAAGGCCGCUGCCUAUCCUGUUACCCGUCUACAAAUGGUGGCAAGUACCCUACUAUUGGUUCGGCAUUAAGAUGUAUGACUUGGUAGCCGGCGACAGAAACGUGAAGAGUUCCUACUACUUGUCUAAAAAGAACACUCUUGAACUAUUCCCUAUGUUGAAAUCGGACAACCUUUGUGGCGGCAUCGUGUACUAUGAUGGCCAACAAGACGACGCGCGUAUGAACUUAGCCAUCGCAUUGACGGCAGCUCGACACGGGUGCACCAUCGCCAACCACAUCAGCGUUACGCAGCUCCAUAAAGCUGGCGGGAAACUCACUGGCGCUAGGUUGAAGGAUGAAAUGACCGGUAAGGAAUGGGACGUAAAAGCGAAAUGCAUCAUCAACGCGACUGGCCCCUUCACGGACAGCAUCCGCAAGAUGGACGACCCGUCUGUUCCGGAGAUCUGCUGUCCGUCUUCCGGCGUCCAUAUUGUAUUGCCAGGAUACUACAGUCCGGAACACAUGGGCCUCCUGGACCCAGCCACAUCAGACGGCCGCGUGAUCUUCUUCCUGCCCUGGCUGAAGGGAACCAUCGCAGGAACCACCGACCUUCCGUGCCAGGUCACACACAACCCGAAGCCCACUGAGGACGAGAUCCAGUUCAUCCUCACUGAAGUCAAGAACUAUUUGAACCCUGAUGUUGAAGUCCGGCGCGGCGACGUGCUGUCGGCGUGGUCGGGCAUCCGGCCGCUGGUGUCGGACCCCAACAAGCCGGACACGCAGUCGCUGGCGCGCAACCACAUCGUGCACGUGUCGCCCGCCGGGCUCGUCACCAUCGCCGGCGGCAAGUGGACCACGUACCGCGCCAUGGCCGCCGAGACCAUCGACGCUGCUAUACAGAGUGCCAAUUUAAAGCCACUGUUCCGCGAAUGCCAAACGGACGGGUUCCUGAUCGAAGGCGCUCAUGGCUGGACUCCCACCAUGUACAUCAGAUUAGUGCAGGACUUCGGCUUGGAAAUGGAGGUAGCACAACACUUGGCCAAAUCCUACGGAGAUAGGGCGUUCGCAGUCGCCAAGAUGGCGGCGAUGACCGGCAAAAGGUGGCCCAUCAUCGGCAAGAAAGUUCACCCCGAGUUCCCUUACAUUGACGCUGAAAUCAGAUACGGCGUCCGCGAGUACGCUUGCACAGCCAUUGAUAUGAUAGCUCGUCGCCUGCGGCUCGCCUUCCUCAACGUGCAAGCCGCCGCCGAAGCCCUGCCCGCUAUCGUGGACAUCAUGGCGGAAGAGCUCAAGUGGAGCGACGCAGAGAAGAAGCGCCAAAUCCAACUGGCCAGCGACUUCCUCGCCAAUGAGAUGGGUCAAAUGGUGAACCGUGCGAGCCGCGACAAGAUUCCCAUCAACCUGAGCAAGGACGAGAUCCAGACAUACAUCAAGCGGUUCCAGAUCAUAGACAAAGACAGGAAGGGCUUCGUCUCUAUCAACGAUAUCAGGAGGAGUUUGAAGAACUACGGCGAGGAGGUGACCGGCGAACAGUUGCACGAAAUUCUGAAAGAGAUCGACACUAACAUGAACGGCCAAGUCGAACUCGACGAGUAUUUGCAGAUGAUGUCGGCUAUCAAAUCUGGCCACGUGGCGUACUCACGCUUCGCAAGAAUGGCUGAAAUGGAGGAGGAACAUCACGAAAAGGAGGUUCUUAAGAAGAAGAUCACAGUGGAAAGAAGUGGAGGCGGCUUGUAAACUAAUGAUCAAUUUGAAACUCAAUCGCAACAAAGAAUAGAUUUAAGGAUACAAUACACAAAUCUGCCCAAAGUAUUAUGUCCGAAUAUAUAAAGUACAAUUUUUAUUUAAUUCCAUAUCAUUAAAUAACGUCCUUUAUCGAAUGAUAUACCUCAGAACAAUAACUUUGAUUCUGAGUUUUGAGUUCAACACGUUUUGUUGUAAACAUAUAGUUGUGAACAAAGUUUUUCUAAUUUAUUCUUCAAUUAUAAUACAACUUCUUCAUCAAUUAUAUCAAUACUAACUUCUCCUUAAAUUGAAAAAAUUAAAAUCAGUUAUUUAAACGAUUAUUGUCUCAACUCGAAUAGUUAUUGAUCAUUUAAUUUGUAACAGAUAGGUUCAUAUUGAAAAAAAAUAAUUAUUAACUUUUAUCAAGUCAACUUUAAAUUUACGAGUUAAUUUAUUUUGAAUUGUACAAGGAAUACUUUUAGUCAGUAAAAAGUGAAAUUAUUUGGUUGUAAGACGAAACGUUAUAGUGAUAUUUUAAAUAGUUAUUUUUAUGGGUUAUUUAUUUUUUGUUUAACAGCAAUCUAUUGUAAAUAGACACAUGUAUUCAAAGAAAAUGUACCUACAGUGUCAGUUUAUAAUGUAUAAAUAACAACACUGUAACUUGUAAAAAGACACUAAUAGUAAUCAUAAUUCAUUAAUUCAUAUCUGUAUUUUUUAAUGUUAUAAUUGUGCAAUAAAAUUUACAUCAAUUUCA